AAAGUUUUUAUUUAAGUAUUUUGUGUCUUUCAGAUUUUAGACCAUUCAAGUAAGGACUGUCCACUGACAGAAAUAUUUUGUCCAUAUUCUGAGAUGGGUUGUAACAAAAAGAUACAGAGAAAGCUACUUGAAACACAUUUGGAGUCUGCAGCAAGACUUCAUCUUGACUUGGCUUGUGUGAAGUUGCACAGAACACAGGAAGAGUUCAAAGAAACAACAAGAAAACUUGAAGAAAAGGUGGAUGCCUUGGAAAAGAAACUUCAAGAGACAGUGGAUGAAAGAGUUGAUACUCUUCAGAAGAAAGUUGAAGCGAAAAUAGAUGGAGUUCAGGCAAGCCUAACUUCAAGAAUUGAAAUCAAUGAUUACCUCUAUGACUUAAGGCUUGAGAGAGAAGCCGCCAGAGUUUCUGAUGACAAGAGGGAAUCACCAUCUUUUAUCUGGAAGAUAAAUGGCAUGCAUAAGAUUUUAAGGGAAGCCAGGAGGAGCACAGACGUUGAGAGUGAACCAUUUUUCUCUGGGGCAAAUGGCUACAAGUUGAAAGUACUCAUGGAACCGAGUGGUGAUUUGUCAAGGUCGGGCAAAAAUGGUUAUGUUUCCCUCUUCCUUGUGAUCAUGAGAGGUAAAUACGACGCUAUAUUGCCCUGGCCUUUUAGACGUACCGUGACAUUUAGAUUAAUCGAUCAGCAAGAAAACCCAGAUUACAGAGAAGACGUUGUGAUGAAGCUUGAUCUCAGUGACGACGAUAGUGAGUCAUUGCUCCGGCCCAGAGCAGAGGAGAAUAACGGUUACGGCUUUGCAAAGUUCAUUUGUCAUGACAAAAUACGAAGGAGGCGAUACAUUGUAAAUGAUACUGCAUUUCUUGAAGUUCAGGUCAGUGCCCCAUCUUGAUUUUAGCCAAUCCACUUAGAUGUUGUGCAACAUUUUGCAUUGGCUUGUCUCUGCUUGUCUUAGCUUUAUAAUGACCCAGGCUGGCUUUGACCUUUGUGAUUUAGAGCUUAGGUCGUCUCUUAGUUAAAAGUUAAACAACACAUAAACUGUAACUAUUGUUAUUAACAUUGUUAAAAUCAAUGUAAUGUACACUUUUUGUUAUGUACUACUAUUGGUAACAGCCCCGUGGGGGACUCCCUGAUAAAAAGGACGGGGGUGCUCGUUGGAAACUUUGAAAAGAACCCCUUAGAGGUACCAAUGUUUUUUGGGCGUGGCACUAACUGACACUUCUAUAUUUUUUUAAUGGCAACAAAGGUGAUUAGCUACUCGUGAAGUUAAUCGUCAAAUACAGUGUAUCUCCUUUCAUAUUCUUUUCGGCUCAAUACCCUAAAAGCUUAUGGUACCAUGAAAACUCCCGCUGUGGACCUGUUGAGGCUUAACAACCCAAGAGGUACAUGUACCAAAAUCCUUUUUCAACCCCUGAAAGGCACG